ACCUCCACUAUACUAACACGGAGGCUGACCCAUAGCUGACCUCCUCUGUACCACCGUGACCUCAGAAAACACGGAGGCUGACCAAAGCUGACCUCCAUUUCAACACUGUGACCCCAAAUAACACGGAGGCUGACCCAAGCUGACCUCCACUCCACAAACACAGAGGCUGACCCCAAGCUGACCUCAGAGAACACGGAGGCUGACCCCAAGCUGACCACUGCAUCACCGUGACCUCAGAAAACACGGAGGCUGACCUAAGCUGACCUCCACUCCACUAACACAGAGGCUGACCCCAAGCUGACCUCCACUGUGACCUCAGAGAACAGGGAGGCUGACCCAAGCUGACCUCCACUUCACCAACACAGAGGCUGACCCAAGCUGACCUCCAUCGUACCGCUGUGACCCCAGAGGACUCUUAGCCUGGCCUCAGCUGACCUCCACCCUAGUGAGCAGUCCUAUGCGACCCCCAAGGCGCCAUACAAGGUAAAUGCUGGUGGACAAAGGAGUGUUACCAUGAUGGAGCUAAGCCAUAGUUUGACGCUUAAUGAAGAAGCUCUCAGCCAGCUCCCUCCAGCCAAGCGCCCAAUAUUUGUGUUUGAAUGGCUACGCUUUCUGGAUAAGGUCUUGGAGGCCGCUCACAAGUCUGACAUCAAGGGGUGCCAGAAACAGCUUGUGGCCCAGCUCGUGAGUCAGAUGAUUGAGUCUCCCGGUCCACCCACACGUAAGCUUGUCGCGCGCUGCCUGGCUACCCUGUUCAGCGUUGGAGACACCUUCCUUCUCUUCGACACCAUUAACAAGUGCAAUGAUGUCCUCAAAAAUAAAGAUGACUCCCCGAGCUAUCUACCCACAAGACUGGCUGCAGUGACGUGUAUCGGGGCCAUGUACGAGAAGCUGGGUCGCAUGAUGGGGCGCUCGUACGAGGAAACCGUCCAGAUCCUCAUCAAGGCUCUGAGGAAUGCCGAGUCUCAGCUUAGGAUCGAAAUCAUGAUGACCCUGGAGAAGAUCACGGCUGGCAUGGGGUCGGCUGCUGGGAACGUCCACAAAGACAUCUACAAGGCCGCCAAGAUGGGGCUCUCGGAUCGCGCCCUUCCUGUUAGGUGUGCUUCAGCGCUGUGCUUGAUGGAGAUGACUAAGUACGCUCCCUUCAUGUACACAACGGAGAUCGAAAACCUAUCCCAGCUAUGUUAUCGCUCAUUUGACAACAGCAACUAUGAUGUCCGCUGUACAGUGGCCAAACUCCUGGGCUUUGUGCUGGCAACGACACAGAAUCCGCCCAAAGAGUUUGUCAAAGGAAACAGCAAAGGCGGACCGGUCAAAUUGAUGUCCCUUGAAGAAGCUUUGACGGUCCUGUUGACGGGAUUUCUGCGCGGGGGAAACAGCUUCCUCAAAGGGACUGGGGAAAUGAUCAAAGGAUCCUCGUCUGUCUCUCGGGAAGUCCGGGUCGGGAUCACACAGGCAUAUGUGGUGUUUGUGCAGGAGAUGGGCGCUCUCUGGCUGGAGCGCUAUGUCAACAUCUUAAUAGCCCACUUAAUGGAGCUUGUGGCGAGCCCCAAGGCCAUCACCUCACAUGUCGAGGCUGUCUACUCCCGGAAAUGUGUGAACUUCAUCCUGAGAGCGACAGUCGGGCGUAUGAUUGGGGAGAAGGCCCAGACAGCAGCUUGCAAAGAAAUAACUCAACUGAUUAUCAAGCAGAUGAACAGUGUUGAUGCAAGUGGCGAGGGCAACAAGGACACAGGGGAAGGAGGUCAACAUGUACUAGUGUGUCUGCUGCAAGAGCUUGGGUGCCUCAUGGAAUCUCUAAGCACCACAUCAUCGACAAUCAUCUUGGACACUCAUCUUAACUUAGUGGAUGCUGUGGUUGCUGUUCUGCUCCACCCUAGCGGAACGGCGAGGCUGAACGCUGCGUGGUGUCUCCGCUGUAUAUGCCUGGCCCUCCCCUCACAGCUUCACCCACUUAUCGUGCGAUGUUGCGAUCGACUCGACGCACUUAAGUCAUCCCCGGAGGCCAUCGCUGGUUAUAGCUGUGUUGUGGCUGCUCUUAUUGGAUGCGUUCAAAAGACACCUCUGGGGAUCCCUCACAUGCGCGGGAAAGUUCUCUUUAACAUAGCUGAAGAACUCCUACGAUCGGCCAGUCAGAACUCCAGGCUGUCUCUCCACAGGACGCAGGCGGGCUGGCUCAUCAUAGGCUCCAUCAUGACCUUGGGGGUUGGUGUCGUGCGAGGUCUCCUGCCGCGAAUGUUGCUCUUGUGGAAAAACUCAUUCCCGAGGUCCAGCAAAGAGAUCGAGAGCGAGAAGGCCCGAGGAGAUGCGUUUACUUGGCAGGUCACGCUGGAGGGCAGAGCAGGAGCCUUAGCCUCCAUGCACAGCUUCCUCCUUCACUGCUCAGAGCUAGCGGCCGAGGAUACUGUUCGACGGCUCCUCCUGCCCAUAGAAGCAGCUCUCCUUAUGUUGUCCAGCAUUGCCCAUAUUGUUAAGCAGUACGGCCAGCACCUCAAGGCAUCCACGGCUAUGGUACGCCUCCGUCUCUAUGAAGUCCUGGCUCUUCUACCUCCACAGUCCUUUGAGAGUCACUAUACAAGCAUUCUGAAAUUGUUGGUCAGCGAGUUCACCUUGGCUGAGAGUGGAGCCAACACAACCACAUCCCUCCUGCGCAGUAUGUGCCACGCGGACGACUCUGUCAUCCUGGGUACCUGGCUCCACCACACGCACCACAAGGCCAUUGAAGACCAGCUGCAGCCAAACAGUGCCAGCGGAUCUGGUGCCCUGGAGCAUGACCCGACCUAUCUCUAUCGGCCACUGCCUGAGGGUGAGGUCAUUGCCGGCCCCCUGCCCCUCGGUGUUGCCGUGAUCGAUGCCUCGGUUGUGCUGUUCGGGCAGAUGUUUCCGCUGGUGGCAAAUAAACACCGCCUGAAGAUGCUGAAUUUGUUCGGGGACAUGAUCCGGGCCGCAAGAAGCCAGCGUCAGGAGGCGGUACAGAUGAACAUCUUUACUGCUGUCCUGAGUGCGCUGAAGAUCCUGAGUGACAGCAAGGCUUCCUUCGGGCAGGACGAUGUCAAGAGGGCUGCAACGAUUCUGCUUCUGGGCGGGCUAAUUCAUCCCAACUCUACGCUGCGCUGUGCAUCGGGAGAGGCCAUUGGGCGCAUGGCUCAGGUCGUGGGUGACCCGCGGUUCGUUGCCGAGAUGGCGCAGAACAGUUUUGACAAGCUGAAGAGCGCUCGAGAUGCUGUGAGCCGAACCGGUCACUCCCUGGCCCUCGGUUGCCUCCAUCGCUAUGUUGGUGGCAUGGGAUCCGGCCAGCAUCUAAGCACUUCCAUCAGCAUCCUUCUUGCCCUCGCCAAGGACACAACCUCCCCAGUAGUUCAGGUGUGGGCCCUUCACGCACUCUCCCUGAUCGCUGACUCGGGCGGGCCUAUGUUCCGGGCCUAUGUAGAGCCUUCCCUGGCCCUACUGCUGGAGCUUCUACUGUCCGUUCCGCUCCACACGGCAGAGGUUCAUCAAUGCAUCGGAAAGUGUCUCCAGGCCCUCAUCACCACUGUCGGCCCUGAGCUGCAAGGUACAAACAGCAGUGUGGUGAUGAUACGCUGGUCGCUUCUGUGUGGCUGUGGGCUGGUCCAGGAGCACUCGGAGCCCUUAGUGCAGGCGGAGGCCAUCGCCUGUCUCCAGCAAAUGCACAUGUUCGCCCCCAGACAUGUCAACCUGUCAUCUCUGGUUCCUAUGCUUGUGAAAAAACUUUGCUGCAAUCAUCUUUUGCUGCGCCGUGCUGCAGUGUCGUGCCUGAGACAACUAUCGCAGCGGGAGGCCUGGGAGGUCUGUGAACAUGCACUGAGCCUGGGCCAAGGGAGUGAGGAGCAAGACCAAGGACUAGUAAUGACGGAGACCGGGCUGCCGGGCCUCCUGUUCGGACUUCUAGACACGGAGACAGACUGCGUGCUGGUUCACCAUGUCCAUCACACUUUGACCUCCAUGCUGCAAGCCCUGGCCACAUCCCACCUGACCCUGUGGCUUAUGCUCUGCCAGGAGGUCCUCACAAACACAUCAGAGAGUGGCAACGCUGAUGGAAGUGGUGACCCAGGGGAGGAGGUGGCUGAUGAUGACAUGGUACAGAUCCACACUGGGGGAGAGCCCGAUCCACAUCCCACGAUCCCCCCGCGCUGGACGACCCGUGUGUUCGCAGCGCAGUGCAUCGCCAAGAUCAUUCAGGAGUGCGAGAACAACCGAGCCCAUUUCGACCUUGCUCUGGCCAGGGAGAUGCAGGCGACAAAACUGAAAGGGGACUACCUGGUGCUUCAUCUGAGCGAGGUGGUGCGAAUGGGCUUCAUGGGAGCCACGAGUGACAGUGAUGAGCUGCGUCUGGAGGGCCUUCACAUCCUGCACCUCAUCAUUGAAAAAUUCUCCCGUGUCCCUGAACCAGAAUUCCCCGGACACGUGAUACUCGAGCAAUACCAGGCCCAGGUCGGCGCAGCGUUACGACCGGCCUUUGCUCCUGAGACUGCCUCCCACGUCACUGCCCGAGCCUGUGAGGUCUGCAGUGCUUGGAUAUGUUCAGGUGUUGCUCGCGACCUGAAUGACCUGCGUCGCGUCCACCAACUCCUAGUGUCCUCCCUAGCCAAGCUCAACAAGGGCAACACCAAGGGCUUGUAUAAUGAGAGCGCGGCAACCCUUGAGAAGCUUGCCAUCUUAAAAGCUUGGGCUGAGGUCUACGCCGUUGCCAUUAAGGGGGUGACAGAACUUGAGAAGGCAGAUGAGGACUUUGAAGAGGAUGAGGGUCCGGGGAGUGAGUCGAGUGCACAGUCAUCAGAGGAGAGUCUUCUAAGCUUGGUACAGCCAGAGUUAGUGUCCCUCUCAAAGUCUUGGCUCGCUGCACUCAAGGAUCACGCCCUCCUCUCCUUGCCUCCUGAAUUUUCCAGCCAGCUGCCCCAUGACGGAGGAGCAUUUUAUUCAAACGAGAGCAUCGAGAGUGUCCGCCCAUUCUACCGGAGUGCUUGGCCUCCAAUGCUGUACGCUGCUGCCCUGUGGCUGAGCUCCGGGGGCUUCGAGAACAUCAGGGAAGAGGAGAAUGACAGGAGUCCCAAAUCCUCCGUGACAUCGAACACCGCAUCGUCCGUCACCAAGACUCCGGAAACAAUAAAUACAGAUCGAUUUUACCUUCUUCUAGGGAUAUGUCUGGAGUGGUUGUGCAGCCCGGUACACAGCGAUGACCCAGAGCGUAGCGUGGUGUGUCUGAAAUCCUUGGAGACCCUGCUAGCUUCCCCCUGGCCGGCGAAGGUGGUUGGUCCAAACAGCAGCCUCACUUCAGAAAUCGCAACGGUUAUGCACAGACAAGUGUUGAGUUCGGACCACACGGAGGUGCAUCAAUCUGCAGUUUCAGUCAUCACUUUGGUCGUCAAGGCUACACAACAGGCCUUGGAUGAAGAGAAACGGGGGAAAAAUAAGCACAAAGAAGAGAAGCCCGCCAACCAGGAAUGUGAGGGGUGUGAAUCAGACCUUCUUGGAGAGGGCAAGGAGUCCGGGGAGAUAAAUACAGCUCAAUCUCUGGUAUUUUCGACCCUGCAGGUCUGUCUCUGCACUUUGGUCCGACACAAACCACGCCUCGCCCCUCAGGUCGUGGCCUCUGCGCCCUCCCUUCUGGCACCCCCGCGACAUCAUACCAAACCCCACCAACUCGACGCCUUGCUUGCAACCACGGUCACUCUCCUCACGUCUCUACCAAACCUGUGUUCUCCAGCAGGUGGCGUGGCGAUUCUCCCCACUGUGCUGUACCUCCUUACUGGUGUCCUGCGGGAGUGUGGAAGCAAGACGCACUCCUUACAGACCACUAAUACCAAUCCUAUCCUUACCUCUGUUGUCUUGGAUGCCCUCGCGAACAUAGCCAGACAUCCUUACGCGCGGGAUCCUCGUUCCAAAGACCAAUGGUGUAGUCUACUUCAGUCUGCUCUUGCUAAUAUUAUUGAUCUCAGCAAGACAUGCGAGGAGGAACGCAUCUCCGACGAGGUGGUUGUGUUACAAGGCAUCGCACAGCUCAUCCUGCACGCCCCUCCCUCUGUGAGCAGGCCCCACAACCUCCAGUAUCCUGCCAUCAACCUGUUCAAAAUGGCAACGCAACACCAGCAUUUCAGAGUCCGCGUACAGUGCAUCCAAACCCUGGAAUCUGUCUUCAGCCACACGGAUAGUGAGAUAUCCACCCCAUACAUCCACGCCCUGGCCCCUCGCAUCCUAGAGUACCUUCACGAGGCUCACACAAGCAUCAGCAGCCAGGAGGAACUGCAGCUCAUCACAGAGAGUCUUAGCGCAAUGGAACUUCUCAUCCCAAGAACGCUGAUUGAACACAGAAAUGAAUUGUUAGGAGUGUUAGUCAGUCUGAUGGUUGGGGUGCUUCAAGAUACCAACCGACUUAGCAGUGUCAACCAACCAACCAGACAACUCCACCAGUAUGCUUUGGGAAGGCUGCAGAAGAUUGGGCCUCAGUAUCCACAGGAGUUCCGCUGCGUCCUGACCACCAGACCAGAGCUUCGCCUCAGACUGGAGAGCGCACUUAAGGGGCAGCAGGAGGCCAAGAGCAAGGUUGACGCAUCCUUGGCCCAAGACUCUGUCCAGCACCAACCAACCAUCAAGCUAAAAACGGACUUCUCAAAUUUCACAUCAUAAACCGAGCCUCUUCCCUGUUUGCAUAAUGGUCCAGCUGUCCCCCAAAUAGUACAGUUUCGGCUCAAUACAGAUUCUCAUGGAGUAGUGGCUUUUAAAGACAAUGUGUAAAAUGAUAUAUGUAACUACCUUGAGGCCAAUUAAUCAAUCAAUCAUGGAAGGUCUGUUAGGGUUUCAAAGUUCCUGGUCGCCGGGAAAUUUGAAAAUCUUAAAAAAUCCACAUAAAACCGAGCUAUUGAAAACCGUACUAUUUGGGGGACAACUGAAUUCUCAUUGUCUAAGAACCUGAUUCUGUUAUUGUUUAGAAAUUUAUCAGAUAUUUAAGAAUUCGUAUCGGCUUGACAACAGUUGAUAGUAGAAUUGAAAUGUAUAUUUUGGACGCUGAAAAGGACUUAGUGACACUAGAAAAAAAAGCAUGUUAAGUGUAAUUAAAGACUUCUAUGAGUUUCUGCAUAUAUUCUGAUAUUUUUAUAUACAUUCACAGCAAUAAGAGAGGCUUCAGGGCUUUCUUCUUAAAACCUUUUGUGUGUGUUGCAUUGUAAGCAGGUGACUCUCGAUUUAUGUGAGUUUGGUUUACGCUCGCUCUCUCUCUCUCUCUCUCUCUCUCUCUCUCUCUCUCUCUCGUUCGUAAAAAAAAAAUGAAA